AGAGAAAAAAAUAAAAGGAUCUGUUGAAAACAGCCGAGGAGCGGAGCGGAGGUUAGAAACUCACCGGCACUGGGGCCAGCCUCUGUAACAAAGCCUCCCGUACGGGUGAAUGAGAGAGCGAAGAUCAACCUCCAGCCACCGAGUGUGAACAGACUCUGCGUUAUCAGCCAGUGCGUCGCAGACAAGAAGCGCAGAUGGACACCAGGAGCACCACCGAAGAAAAACCUGUCCAGCGAUCCAAGUCCUUCAGCUUUAAGACCCAAAAGGAAGUGUGUUCAUCAUGCGAGAAGACGGUCUACCCAAUGGAGAGAUUGGUUGCCAACAACCUGGUCUUCCAUUCAACGUGCUUCUGCUGCAAGCACUGCAACGCCAAACUCAGCCUCGGCACCUUCGCAGCUCUUCAGGGCGAAUUUUACUGCAAACCCCACUUUCAGCAGCUGUUCAAAAGCAAAGGCAACUACGACGAGGGCUUCGGACGCAAACAGCACAAAGAGCUGUGGACCUCCAAGGAGACGGAUAAUAUAACCAAGACGGCAUAAUCGUGUCAGCCUGUGUCCCACCCCGGCUCCGCCUCCUCCUUUUCCCUCCGCCUAACACCUCCAGUACAUCACGGUGAACACACGCCUCGUAUUCUGGGGCGCUGUUGAAUCUCACACACACGCUCACUUGCUUCUUAAAUGCCAUCAGAACAAAUACAUGCACAAACAGCUUUGGAAAUGACUGGCCAGUCGUAAUCAUACCGCUUAAAAUUAAUUUUGGGGAUUUAUCUUGGGUUCGGUUUUAUUGAUUUACUUUAUGUUCCUGUUUCAAAUUGGUAGUUGAAUGUGACCAAAAGCCUUCUUCUGUAUGGGGAGAGUAAUAAUAUUAAUAAUUGAAUUUUUUUUUUCUUUCUAAUAAUUUGCACCCUUUCUGUUUUAUUUUGUGAGUACGUAACUGUAUGCUCAGGCAGACAUAUCAGAGGGGUUACAGAGCAUCCGUGUUUUGCAGUCGAGCAUACACUCAGGUCAAUUUUCACCCGGGGAUUUAAAAAAAACAAAAACAAACAAAAAAAAAAAACACAUUGCAACUAGUUUCACUAAUUUUAUCAGAACACAAAUCAAAAAUAAUA